UUUUGGCCUUUUUAACUCCUCUCACUAGCAGCUCGCAAGCUUCCCUGAACUUCCACCGUCACUCUCUCUCUCUCUCUAAGCACCGAACCAUGGCGGCGUGGACAGCGGCGGCGCGCCAAGCGGCGAAUCUGGCUCGCCUUUCAACUCCCAAGCCGGCUUCAACGGCUCAAGCCACUUCUCUCGUCCAUCGGCGCGGUCUCGCCGGUGGCGGCGAUCAUCAUGGACCUCCAAAGGUGAACUUUUGGGAGGACCCAUUGAGCCCAUCCCGGUGGAAAGAAGAACAUUUCGUGAUAGUCUCUUUGACUGGUUGGGGAUUGGCUUUCUAUGGGGGUUACAAAUUUUUAACCAGAGGCAAGAAGGACAAGAAAGAAGAGAAUGUUGGAGAAUCAUCGCACUAGUCUGGAGGUUGUUCCCACAGAAGCAACUAUAUUGCCCGCUCGCUUGGCUUCAGAACUGCUAAAAGAGUGCUUUUCUUUGUUCAGCGACAAGUUAGCUUUGAAUGAAUCCAGUUGUAAAUGACUCGGUUAGAAAUUAGAAUAAUGGGUUUAUUAAUACGUGAUAUCUAUUUCUUUUCUCAAUUGUUUCUUCCAA